AUGGCUUCGUCCUCCCCUCCGUUUCAGACACCUAGCAAACGCAAACGUGGCCAGGAGACGCCGCUUACGCCACCCAAGUUCACUUUUAACCUGGACAAUCAAGAGACUGUCGAAGAUGGCAGUAACAGUCCUAGAACAACUGUCGCAUAUCGCUUCAAGGGACUCGAUCUACAAAGUGGUGGGGGUGGGGUCGGCCUGGCUACGUCGCAAGCCGUCGAUGUCGCCGAUGAGCUUCUUUUGAAGCGCCAGAAACCAGAUCAGCCCAUGGGCGAUGUUUCCGAUGCGGUAUAUCCAGCUUCCACCGCUAUUGCGUCAAAAGAGCCCAGCCCCAAGCCGGUGGCGAACACUCUCGUCGAGGGCAACGAGGCCAGCGAGCCUGAAUCGCUCGAGUCGAGAAAGAGGGCAGGGACGCCGCCUCUAAAGCUCAAAAUGUACCACCCGCAAGACGCACACGACAGCGACAGUGACGAUGAAGAUAUUCACAUUGUGGAUCCGGUCCGCGCUGCGCUGACGUGGCACGAGGACGAAAUCACCGUGUACGACCCUGACGACAAGGAUGAUGACGGCACAGGUAUAAACGGCAUUGGAUUCCGGCCUACGCCAGCUAUCGCGCACGCGCGCUCUUUAAAGCGCAGGCAGCAGAUCACUGAAUACCGAAAGCGCGAGGAGAGUGAAGCUCGCGCUCGGCGGAACCAGCGCCGCCGUGAGGGAGAGACCCCGUCGGGCAUUGGCAAGGCCUCGCCCAGAAAGGUCCGUUUCAGCGAUUCAGAACUUCGAAAUAUAGCCGUCACUAUAUAG